AUGUUACAUGGCUCCUCCGAAGAGGAAUCGGACCGACCAACAGUUCAUCAUGCUUUUGACGCCAUGUUUGACGAGACAACUGGUUUCCCAUUUAUCGCAGGUAGCUCGCAGGCUAGCAAAGAGGUUGCAUACCCGUCUUCAAUCCAGAGCAUACAAUUGUGGCAGAUCUAUAUUAACAACGUCAAUCCUCUUUUGAAAAUCAGCCACAUACCCACACUCCAGCCCCAGGUCAUUGAAGCUUCCGCAGAUCUUGACAAGAUUCCCAAACCUCUUCGCGUCCUAAUGUUUGGAAUUUACUUCACGGCGGUUAAUUCAAUGGCCGAUGAGGAAGUUCAAACUACCUUUGGAGAAAAGAAGUCUAUCCUCAUGGCUCGAUACCGCAAGAAUACUGAGCAAGCUCUUCUCGAUGCUGGGUUUAUGAAAUCCAACGACAUUAUGAUGCUUCAAGGUUAUGUAUUGUAUCUGAUUGGCCUGAGGCCAUACAUGGACCCUCGCUCACUCUUUUGUUGCAUCGGUAUUGCCGUCCGCAUAGCUACUCGACUUGGAUUACAUCGAGAUGGAGCCCAAUUCAAUAUGUCCCCCUUUGAGACCGAGCAACGGAGACGACUGUGGUGGCAGAUUGUCGCCCUUGACAAGCGAACUGCUGAUAUCACCGGAUCACCCACUAGUGCACUCUCUUCCUUGGGAACUGACUGCCGGUUUCCACUCAACGUGAACGAUAUAGACCUGCACCCACAUGCCAAGGAGCCUCCAUCACCCUCGACUGGUAUCACCGAAAUGACCUUUUUUCUCACACGAAUAGAAAUCACGAUUGCAUCUGCCCCUGAUGGUAUUCGGCCCAAUCCCAAAGUACCGGAUAAUUUCCGGACGAAUGGAGGCUCGUCUACCUCCGCUUCAACUCGCAAGAGAGCAACUCAAAGCCAAUCCGAUCAUCUCGACCGAUAUUAUGCAUAUAUGGAAUCAGUCUAUCUCGAGAAGUGCAAUGCGAAUAUUCCCAUCCAGCUGUUCAUAUCGAUGAUGACUCGCGUGUCAUUGUGCAAACUCCAUGUUCUCGACUUCAUAUGCCGAGGUACCACCAGCGUAGACACCGAGAUCCGACAACGGGAUACUGGUUUUUUAGCUGCCAUUGAGCUGUUAGAAGCAGACAACGCAAUCCGUAACACGCAAAGCCUUCGCGGAUUUAUUUGGUACAGCUAUAUGGAAUUGCCUCUACCAGGGUAUCUUUUCCUUGCCAACGAACUACGCCACUACACUACAGGCAUUCUAUGCCAACGUGCAUGGGAAGCUAUCGUUCAAAGCCCAUAUAACCAAGGUCUUAGUCACAACCUCCGAAGCCCUUUGCAUGUUGGUCUUGGGCAGGCAAUCUUGAAGGCUUGGGAUGCUCGUCAAAAUUCAGAAUUACAGCUGGGAAGGGCAUUACAGCCUCCAUAUCUCAUUGUCUCACUUCGUGAAAGCCUUGCCAGCCAUAUUCAGAAACAAGGUCCCAUCCGAGCGGAUUUCGAAGAUUCUAGGGAUUUUGAAAGAGGCAUGCAUCCAAGCAGCGUUGAAUCGCGCCAGUCGGACGAAGCAGCAGAUAUGCUGCUCAAUGCCGGUACGACGUAUAAUUUCACAGAAAGCAUAAAUUAUACGCUUCCUUCGGCUGAACUUGAUUAUAAUCAAAUGGUUUGGACAAAUUUGAUGCAAUCUGGUGCGAUUGGCGGAUUUUGGGGUGAUCUUGACUCACUUGGGCAGUAA